UGGGAGCUUUGUGCAACUGUUAUACCUAUUCUAUUACUUCUGACACACUGCAUGUGAAAAAGCUUGCUGGGCCUCUCCAUCUCUCUCUCUCUCUCUCUCUUCCCAUCUUGUCUGGUAUCCAUGUACAAAGGAGGCUGCAGAUCAAAGCCUCUAAUGAGUCAUGAGGUCCCUGCCCACAAAAGUCCCUCCCAUGUGCCAUCAACCAGCCUCUUGGGCAUGCUGGGAAAACCUCCUACCCAGCCUUUGCCCCGAGUCCAGGGUCUGCACUCGAACUCCAUAGGCACCGAGAGCAACUGGAAGCCACAUAACACAGACUCUUGUCUUCCAGGGAUCUGUGACGGCCACCUGAACACCUGAAGCCAUGGCCACUGGGGAAGAUGAGCCAAAGAACUGUGUGGUGUGUGGAGACCGAGCCACAGGCUAUCACUUCCAUGCCCUGACCUGUGAGGGUUGCAAAGGUUUCUUCAGACGAACAGUUAGCAAAAGCACUGGUCCUACCUGCCCCUUUGCUGGAAGCUGUGAGGUCAGCAAGGCCCAGAGGCGCCACUGCCCUGCCUGCAGGUUGCAGAAGUGCCUAGAUGCUGGCAUGAGGAAAGACAUGAUAUUGUCAGCAGAAGCCCUGGCGUUGCGGCGAGUGAAGCAGGCCCAGCGGCGGGCACAGCAGGCACGUAUGCAGCUGAGUAAGGAGCAGGAAGAGCUGAUCCGGACACUCCUAGGGGCCCACACUCGCCACGUGGGCACCAUGUUUGAACAGUUUGUGCAUUUCAGGCCUCCAGCUUAUCUAUUCAUCCGUCACCAGCCCUCGCCCGCCCUGGCCCCUGUACUGCCUCUGCUCAUGCACUUUGCAGACAUCAACACUUUCAUGGUACAGCAAAUCAUCAAGUUCUCCAAGGAACUGCCCCUCUUCCGGUCCCUGCCCAUGGAGGACCAGAUCUCCCUUCUCAAGGGAGCAGCUGUGGAAAUCUGUCACAUUGCACUCAAUUCCACUUUCUGUCCCCAAACGCGGAACUUCCUCUGUGGGCCUCUUCGCUACACGAUGGAAGACGGAACCCAUGUGGGGUUCCAGGUAGAGUUUUUAGAGUUGGUCUUUCGUUUCCAUGGGACACUGCGACAACUGCAGCUUCAGGAGCCUGAGUAUGUGCUCUUGGCUGCCAUGGCCCUCUUCUCUCCUGCUCCCUGUCUUACAGACCGCCCUGGAGUUACCCAGAGAGAGGAGAUUGAUCAGCUACAAGAGGAGGUGGCACUGACUCUGCAAAGCUACAUCAAAGGCCAGCAGCCAAAACCCCGGAAUCGGUUUCUAUAUGCGAAGCUGCUAGGCCUGUUAGUUGAGCUUCGGAGCAUUAAUGACGGAUACGGGUACCAAAUCCAGCGCAUCCAGGGAUUGCCUGCCAUGAUGCCCCUGCUCCAGGAGAUCUGCAGCUGAGGCCCAGGCUCACCCCCUUCCCCAGCUCACCUGGGGCACACCAGACUGGAAAGAGAAAAAUGCUGUGACCAGAGAUUGGGCCCAGUGGAAAGGGAGCCCAGUGGUUGCAAUGAAAGUCUAAAGCAA